ACUUCGACAACUCAAUCAAACACAAACACCGUCCGAUUGUAACCGUCUCCCAUAAUUAUCCAAAUUUCCUCUCUGUUAUAACCCAAAAAACCCCGAAAAUUUUGAUCCGCAGAAAUUUUGGAGCUCAAUUGACGGUUCACAUGGCGCCUUUCAGGUUCUGAUUGUUUCUCCAAGAGUUGGGAAAAGUGUUCUGUUCUUCCCCAGGUUCUGCUCAUUCCUUUUCUCAAUCCCUCUUGUUUUCUUUUCAAUUGUCGUAUCAUUUUCGUUUCCGCCAUUGCUGGAAUCUCGAAACAACCUUCUUGUUUUCUUCAUCCAACCAAAAGAUGGUGAGAACAGAAGAGCGGUUUAUAGGAAACGAGAUAGGGGAAAGAGUUCCAGCGGGAUGAAGAAUCUGGCCGACUGGUUUUGAAAUUUGAAUUUCAAUUUGAAUUUGAAUUUCAAUUUGAAACUCGUAUAAUAGAACCCUAGAAAAUAGCAGAGCAUUGCAGGAGGAAGAGGAAGAGGAAGAGGAAGAGGAGGAGGAUUGCGACGGAAGAUAAAUAAUGCCGCCUUCUUCAAACAAUACUUCAAACGAUACUUCAAACGAUACUUCUUCUCCUACAUCGGAUUUUGUUUCAAAUUCAAGUUUGCCGCCUGAAGCUCCGGAUUCUUCUUCUUAUUCUCCGCCGCCGCAAUCAAAUGACUUUACAACGUUCCCACUUAAUGAAGCCGAUGCUCCUGACCCGUCGUAUGUGUCAUCGUCAAUUGAAGCUCCACCUGCCGACCAUGAAGGUUCACCAUCUUCCUCACCGUCAGCUUCUCCGGAACCUGAAAGGACAUCGCUGGCCCCUACUAUCGCCUCCAAUUUAAUUGCAUUCGACGAGAGUCCGCCACCGCGUAAAGUUUCUGCUUCACCACCGCCGUCUCCCCAGCCUCCUCCACCGCCGCCUCAUCCACCACCACCACCUUCACCAUUGCCUUCACCACCGCCUCCAGAACAGUCGGAUGACGUUAUCGUCGUCGAUCCUCCACCUGCCCCUGUUCCGACCAAGAAAAAAUCUUCGGAACAUCGAGGAAGUCCACCUUCUCCAAUAUCUGAGAAUGAUUCCCCUGAUGUGGCGAAUGAAAGCACCGAUCGGGGUUCUAAAAAAGCCAAGGAGCCUCCGCCAUCUGAAUCGACGGAUCCUCUUCCUUCACCAGAAAGUCCGGACGUGAUUCCCUCACCAGGUGCAAACUCGGCGAAGGGGGAACGAGCUCGGAGUCCACCUCCAGAAACAAUUUCUCCCGCACCAGAGGAUAACAUUCCUUCACCUCCCAUAGUCACAUCCGCUCGCGCUCCAAACAACUCACCUCCUUCUAUCGACUCAACGCCCGUGAAAUCAACAUUGGGGCAGUCCAAUGCACCAUCGUCUGUUUCAAGUAGUCACACUGAUAUUGCAGUAGGCGCUGCAGUCAUUGGAGUUUUCGUAAUCGCUUUGGUUGCUGUGAUUUUUGUGUUACUAAGGAAGAAGAAAAGACAGGGAAACAUGUAUGGGGGCCCCUACACGCCUCCUAAUAACUACGGUGCUAAAUCAGAUGGAAAUUACUAUCCACAUCAACAUAUGGGCAAUUCUGGCUCUGCUGAAGGCUUCUACACUCAGGUCCCACAUACUCCGGUUGGAAAUAGCUUUGGGAGUCAAAAAGGAACAGGAUCCAGUGGCAGUGGAGCAGACUCAGGUGUGAUAAACAGUGCUAAGUUCGUCUUUAGCUAUGAGGAAUUGAUGGAGAUUACGUCUGGAUUUUCGCGUCAAAACAUUCUUGGGGAAGGUGGGUUUGGAUGUGUCUACCAGGGUUGGCUUCCGGCAGGGAGGUCAGUGGCUGUGAAGCAACUCAAGGCAGGAAGUGGACAGGGGGAGAGGGAAUUCAAGGCGGAAGUUGAGAUUAUCAGUCGUGUUCAUCAUCGGCAUUUGGUGUCUUUAGUGGGCUACUGCGUCUCUGAGAAUCAUAGAUUGCUCAUCUAUGAUUUUGUUCCCAAUAAGACUCUUGAGCAUCAUCUCCAUGGCGGUAAUGGAGUACCCGUGUUGGAUUGGUCCAAAAGACUCAAAAUCGCUUUAGGAGCUGCAAAGGGUUUGGCAUAUCUUCAUGAAGAUUGCCAUCCCAGAAUUAUUCACAGAGACAUCAAGUCAGCCAACAUUUUGCUGGAUGAUGCUUUUGACGCACAGGUUGCAGAUUUUGGACUUGCAAAACUGACAAACGAUACAAACACCCACGUUUCGACUCGUGUCAUGGGGACAUUUGGGUACAUGGCGCCUGAGUACGCAUCAAGUGGGAAAUUGACAGACAGAUCAGAUGUGUUCUCGUUUGGGGUUGUGCUUCUUGAGCUUAUUACUGGUCGUAAGCCUGUUGAUCCCACUCAGCCUUUGGGGGAUGAGAGUUUGGUUGAAUGGGCUCGUCCACUCCUCCUUCACACCCUUGAAACUGGGGUUUUUGACGGAUUGAUAGAUCCACGCCUUGGAAAACAGUAUGUGGAAAGUGAAAUGUUCAGAAUGAUCGAAGCAGCAGCUGCCUGCGUUCGUCAUUCGGCUCCCAAAAGGCCUCGCAUGGUUCAGGUGGUGAGAUCACUAGAUAUUGAAACAGACAUGUCUGACCUCUCCAAUGGUGUCAAAUAUGGCCAGAGCACCAUCUAUGAUUCUGGACAAUACAGUCAAGACAUCUCUAAAUUCAGGAGAAUGGCGCUUGGUGGAGACAGCUCCGAAUUCGACAUUUACAGUAGCGAAUACAGUUCCAGAGAAAUGAAUGCAAGUGGAGAAUCAUGGAGAUUCGAAAACAACUCAAGCGGUGAAUCAGAAACUCGAGCUUUUCACGGACGAACUGGCGCACCACAAAGUCACCCUAGCGGUCGACAAUUCUAAUAUGAUGCUGAAACAAAGACGUAAAUAACGUGCAAAGCUUCUUCCUUUUUUCUUUUCCCCACCAUUUUGACUUAGUUUUCUCUUUUUUCAUCAUAAACUUAUACAUCCUUCUAGACUAACGAGGUGUGGAAUAGUGAUUUGGAAUUUUACAAUUGAGCCCCAACUAGUAAACACCAUAUAAUAUAAUUGGUUGACCAGUGAUAUUCUACUUC